UCAACGUUAGUAUAUUGUGAAAUUCAACUUCAACACACUGAACGCCACGCUUGCAGUAACGAGGCUACAAGUUUCCUGUCUUGCCGAACACUCGUUCACUUUGUUCAAGUCUGUCGCCGUGUUAGCAUAGACUUUGUGAUUUCUCAUUCAAUUUAUUCGAGACUAUCCUAUAAACCAACAUGGGCAAGGAAAAGAUUCACAUCAACAUCGUCGUGAUUGGACACGUCGAUUCCGGCAAGUCCACCACCACCGGUCACUUGAUCUACAAGUGCGGUGGUAUCGACAAGCGUACCAUUGAGAAGUUCGAGAAGGAAGCUCAGGAAAUGGGCAAGGGCUCCUUCAAGUACGCAUGGGUUUUGGAUAAAUUGAAGGCCGAGCGUGAGCGUGGUAUCACCAUUGAUAUCGCUCUGUGGAAGUUCGAGACUGCCAAGUACUACGUGACCAUCAUCGAUGCUCCCGGCCACAGAGAUUUCAUCAAGAACAUGAUCACUGGUACCUCCCAGGCUGAUUGUGCCGUCUUGAUUGUUGCUGCUGGUACUGGUGAAUUCGAGGCCGGUAUCUCCAAGAACGGCCAGACCCGCGAGCACGCUCUGCUUGCCUUCACCCUGGGUGUCAAGCAGUUGAUCGUUGGUGUCAACAAGAUGGACUCUUCUGAGCCACCAUACAGCGAGGCCCGUUAUGAGGAAAUCAAGAAGGAAGUGUCUUCAUACAUCAAGAAGAUCGGCUACAACCCAGCUGCCGUUGCUUUCGUGCCCAUUUCCGGAUGGCACGGCGACAACAUGUUGGAACCAUCGACCAACAUGAACUGGUUCAAGGGAUGGAAGGUGGAGCGCAAGGAGGGUAACGCUGAUGGCAAGACCCUGAUCGAUGCUCUCGAUGCCAUUCUGCCACCCAGCCGUCCCACUGAGAAGCCUCUGCGUCUGCCCCUGCAGGAUGUCUACAAAAUUGGUGGUAUCGGAACAGUACCCGUCGGUCGUGUGGAGACUGGUGUCCUGAAGCCCGGCUGCGUUGUCGUCUUCGCCCCAGCUAACAUCACCACUGAGGUUAAGUCCGUGGAGAUGCACCACGAAGCCCUCACUGAGGCUGUUCCCGGAGACAACGUUGGUUUCAACGUUAAGAACGUGUCCGUCAAGGAAUUGCGUCGUGGCUACGUUGCCGGUGACUCCAAGGCCAGCCCACCCAAGGGUGCUGCUGACUUCACCGCUCAGGUCAUCGUGCUGAACCACCCUGGCCAGAUCGCCAACGGUUACACUCCAGUGUUGGAUUGCCACACCGCUCACAUUGCUUGCAAGUUCGCUGAGAUCAAGGAGAAGGUCGACCGUCGUUCCGGCAAGACCACCGAGGAGAACCCCAAGUUCAUCAAGUCUGGUGAUGCUGCCAUCGUCAACUUGGUGCCCUCCAAGCCUCUGUGCGUUGAGUCCUUCCAGGAGUUCCCUCCUCUGGGUCGUUUCGCUGUCCGUGACAUGAGACAGACCGUCGCUGUCGGUGUCAUCAAGGCUGUUAACUUCAAGGAUGCUUCCGGUGGCAAGGUCACCAAGGCCGCCGAGAAGGCCACCAAGGGCAAGAAGUAGCUGGUUUCCUUCGAUACCAUUAACAACAUCAACGCAAACAAUAUGAUACAGCAGCCACCAACACUCAGCAACAACAGUAAGCAAAAGAGUAGAACACAAACACCUGUCCUGGGCAAGAUGAACGAUAAGAUGAUGUUCCAGCAAAAGCAAAAGUUUAAUUUUUUCCAUCGCAAAGAAUUUCGUCGGAUACGAAUGUUUGACGCCAUCGAAGCUGCCUAAGCGAUUGAGUGGAGAGGAGAGCAGCCGACAAAGCAGAAAGAGAAGACGGAAGACUUUAAUCAAACCAACCCCCUCAAUCUUAAGUUUACCUACAUGUAUAAUAUUAUAAUGAAUGGAUUUCAUUGUAAUAUUAUAUUUAGUUCGUAUAAUUGCGUAGCAGUAGCGCAGGCGUAUAAGCAUUUAUGUAUUCAUUCGUAUAAAUUAAAAUUUUGAUUUUAUAUCUUAUCUUACUUUUGCACCAACUACUUUGUACACUAUAAUUUGAAACAAAAACACUAGAAGAAACAAAAAGAUAAAUAACUUUAUUUACAAGAAAUAAAACCGCAUCAUUUUGUA